CCCCGGAGCGGCCCCGCCCCGCGGCCGCCGGGAAGCAGGCGCCGCUGUGGGGCUGACCCGCGCUCUACCCGGCAGGCAGCGCGCCGGGCGGCCACCCCCGCCCGCCUCCCUCCCGCCUUCCCCCAGCGGCGGCGGCUGAGGUGGGGCGCCGCGGUCCGGCGAUGUGAAGCGCCUCCGCCAGCGCGGCUGCUUCCCAUCCCCCUCCCCCACCCCGCCAGCCCGGGAGGAAGGGAGCGGGGCGGCCUGCCCGCUACCGCCGCCUCUCCGGACGCGCAGCACGGUUCAGUUUCAUCUCGGUCAUCGUUUCUUCGCUGCUGCCACAAAUGCAGCACUCGAUUAAAACCACAAUUGCGCACAGUGCUGAUGAAGCUGUGGAUUGCACACAUCUUCUACAACUAACGUGAUGCAAAGUUAUGUGCCUGUACGGGAAGUUGUCUGAAAAGUACAACGUGGGUGCUCGCCCUAUGUCUCAAGAUGGCAGAAUUAUUUAUGGAAUGUGAAGAAGAGGAGCUAGAACCAUGGCAAAAGAGAGUGAAAGAAGUGGAGGAAGAUGAUGAUGAUGAUGAGCCCAUCUUUGUUGGGGAAAUUUCAAGCUCGAAGCCAGCUAGUACAUAUAUAUUGAACAGAGUCAACCUCAGCUCAUCACGAAGGGGGAUACAGAAUGGUGCACCCAGUAGAGGUACAGUUACUACAUUCAAGGCUGACAGUCACCAUUAUGCGACACCUGCCUCCAGCCCCAGUGCCAUGCCUGUUUCAUCAGUCUUUCAGUCUGUAUCCAGACCUACAGCUAGUGCUGUAGCAGUUCAGCCGUUGUCUGUACCAGUGAAUGUUUCAGGAACUUCACAAACGCUGCAGAGACCAGUGGCUGGAUGUUUAUCAACACAGCAGAUGCCUGGGUCAAGUUCUGGAAUAUCACAGCCUGUUAGCAUUCCAGUGACAACACAGCCUGUAUCAAGAAAUAUCACGGUUCCUGUAGUGGCUCAACCUGUAUCCAGGCCAGUGACUACUGUAACAGCACAGCCUGUAAUACUCAAUCAGGAUUAUAUUAUGGAUUCUCCACCAGCUGCACCAGAUAAUACAUCUGGUAUACUGUUUGGUGUGAGACAGAACUCGGGAGUUCCACAGUACCAGACUGGGCCAGCAGUGAAUGUAACAGGUACAAAUGCUGCAUCAAGCACCAUUAAAAAUGGAGGACCUUUUCCACGAGCUUGUCCGAAGUGCAAUAUUCAUUUCAAUCUUAUGGAUCCUCUAAAAAAUCAUAUGAAGUAUUGUUGCCCAGAUCUGGUAAAUGACUUUUUCCCGGGAAUGGCCAAAACAGAAUGUUCGAGCACAAGCAAGACUGCUGAAUCCGAGAAAGGAAAAUUGAUUAUGUUAGUUAAUGACUUUUAUUAUGGCAAACAUGAAGGUGACACCCAGCAGGUACAACAGGAACAGAAGACUCAUACGACAUUUAAGUGCUUCAGUUGUCUGAAAGUUCUUAAAAAUAACAUAAGGUUUAUGAACCACAUGAAACAUCACUUGGAGCUUGAGAAGCAGAGCAGUGAAAGUUGGGAAAGCCACACCACCUGCCAGCACUGUUACCGUCAGUUUCCAACCCCGUUCCAGCUGCAGUGCCACAUUGAAAGUACACACACGCCUUACGAGUCAUCUACGAUUUGUAAAAUCUGUGAAUUAUCCUUUGAAACAGAGCAAGUUCUUUUGCAACAUAUGAAGGACAAUCAUAAGCCAGGUGAAAUGCCGUAUGUUUGCCAGGUAUGCAACUACAGAUCCUCAGCUUUUUCAGAUGUAGAAACACAUUUUAGAACAGUUCAUGAAAACACAAAACAUUUGCUAUGCCCAUUUUGCCUCAAAGUAAUUAAAAUUGGAGCACCAUAUAUGCAUCAUUACAUGAGGCAUCAGAAAAAAGGAAUAUACCGUUGCACUAAGUGCAGACUGCAAUUUUUGACAUGCAAAGAAAAAAUGGAUCACAAGACUCAGCAUCACCGAACAUUUAGGAAACCCAAACAGUUAGAAGGAUUGCCUCCUGGAACAAAGGUGACUAUUCGAGCGUCUGUUGGAUCUCUUCAAUCAGGAUCAUCGGCUACAUCUUUUGUUAGUACAAGUGCUUCCACGUUUCAGUUAUCACCUAAAGCUAAAAAUACAACCACUAAAAAUCAUAACAAGUCUAAUGCAAAUAAGUCAAAGGCAAAAUCAAAACCAGCUACAUCGAAGAAGCAAAAUGCAUGGACCAACAGCAAAAAAAAAAAAGAAAUUACAAAUACAGCAUUGCAUAAUCUAAGUGUUAGGUAUCGUUUGGGAGCUCACAAAUGCAUUGAGUGUUACUCGGAAAUAAAAGAUUUUGCAAGCCAUUUUCCUGCUUAUGUCCACUGCAGCUUAUGCAGAUACAACACUAGCUGUAGCAAAGCCUAUGUGAAUCACAUGAUGAGUUUUCACAGUGCUCGUCCAAGUAAAAGAUUUUGGAUCUAUAAGAAGCAUUCAGAAGAGCUACGAGGUGUGACUGUAGUAUGUCUUAACUGUGAUUUCCUGACUGAUGUUUAUGGCCUAGAUAGCAUGGCCACGCAUCUGAGUGAAAGCCACGCUCAUACCUGUCAAGUUAUUAUAGAGAAAGUUUCUGUAGAUAUCCCAACUGCUGAACAAGUAUCUGAGUUAAAGACCGAAAUCUCCAUUAGAGAGGGAGAAGCUAAGUUGGAGAAAAUUUCAAGACCUAGUAUAUCUGAAGGAAAAACAGAAACACCAACUUUUGAAAGCAAACAAGAGCAUGAUUCUUCAGACAGAACAAAAGAAUGCAAUAGAAAUCAAACGAAAAAAGUCAGAUCAGUUGAAAAGAAUGAAGAAAACUCAUCAUCGUCAAAUACAGAAAAUGUUCCUAGUUUGGCAGUCCCUGACGACAGCUCAAAGAAUUCUUUGCAUGAGAGAGGAGCAUGUUGUGAUUCAGAUAAUAACAAACAAUUGGUAGAUGAGAAACAAAAAUGUAUCAAUGAUGAAAGUGAGUUGAAAAAUUGCCAAAGCUCAGAUGACGUUAUCUUGAAUGAGCAGACUAAAGUACAUAGCUUGGAUGAAACUACACUUUCAGCAAUGAAUGCAAGGGACUUAAAACUAACACUGGGUGAGGAUGUUAGUUUUGAGCAGUUCUUGAGAAAAAGAGAUGAACCUGAAUCCGUUAGUUCAGACAUUAGUGAACAAGGCAGUAUUCAUUUGGAGCCUUUGACUCCAUCAGAGGUACUAGAGCAUGAAGCUACUGAAAUUCUUCAAAAAGGUAAUGUUGCACCUUCGUCAAAGAAAGCUGGACAACUCUCUGAACAAACAGAUGAGACCUCUAAAGAAAGCAGUCCCAACAGAAUGGAAACAACUGUAAACAAGACAGACAAAAAUGAAGCAAGCUGAAAUUAUGUUAAUUUUAUUGUUUGUUAUAAACAAUGGUAAGAAUACCAUGGACCAUUCCUGAUGAGUGUGCUCAUUGAUGCUAAUUAUUAAAAAUAAAAAAGCUGGGUGUGGGGGGAGGGGAGGAGAGAAAGAGACACUAAAGGGAAGUUUUGCAUAUGAAGAUAGCAAGAUAGCAUGUAUAUGUAUAUAUACAACAGAAUUAACUAAAUUUACAGAAGGUAACGUUCAAAUAUCUCUUCCUGUCUCUUUGAUGUGAUAUAUCUUAUUAGAUUGACAUUUGAAAGGAGAAAUAAAUUCUAAUUUUUAUAGUUAACUAGACCGGGAUAAGGUGAUUUAUUUGCCAAGAAAAUAUUUUUUUAAAUCCUUCAGUGUGAAUAUCAUUAAACAGUGGAAUUCAGUAUGAACUCACUUCUGAUGCUGAAGUGGAGCACACUUGUAAUGAUGGUUAUUGGUCUGCUGAUAAUCUGGGUGAACAUAACCCUUUGGAUUUGGUGUCACAUUCCUGUCUUUAAAAGCAUGUAAACAGAAUUAUAUGAAUCUAUGCACCUCUGUACAGGUGUAAUCCUGCCAGGCUGUAAGCUUACCUAAUAAACUUUCAGUGAAAGUGGAAUUAUUACAAUAAAAAUAUAUAUUGUGGGGUUUUCAAUGUGCAGGCUGUGCAGAGAUACCGAACAUAAUUGUAUAAAGUAGAACAUACUGCUGAAAGUACUGUAGCUGUUAGGCUUUUACCAUUGUUUUAAUUAUUCUUAGCCGUAGACCCAUGGGAAUGGUCUGUGAGUCACACCAAAGUAUGGUUUAAUGUAAAAACUGGUUUAAGCAAAAAGAAGGAAAACCCCAAACUGGAAGCACCAACUGGCAUGCAUUCUGCCAUUUUGCAGCUGCUACUGGCUAACUGUUACAAAAAGGACACAAGAGCAUAGAAGCAGAAUUGUACAGUUCAAUUUCAGGACUUUUUGUAGUCUAAAUUGUGUACAGAAAGAUGGCUGCCGAUUUUGGUCUGUUUUUUUUUUUAAUCUUCUAGUUAGCAGCUAGGUGUAGGAAUGCAUAUGAUUAAUGGUAGCUUGCUCUUAUGACUUCAUUGCUCCAUUUGAAACAUUCAGAAUGUGCUUUUGACUUACAGUUUUGUUUCUAAUGAAUGUUAAAUGUUUUGAACAGCUGUUAAAGCACUGCUGUAAAUUAUUACUUUUUGAGUAAAUAUUUGCAACAAAAUUUUGUCUUUGUGCAUAAUUUUAUGCUCAGCUUGAAACUUUGGGCAUAGAUUUCCCACAUUAUUUUUUUUUAAGAUUUAGUGACAGUUCCCGAAACCUAUUUCAUUUUAAAAUUGGGAUUUAGAGACUUAUGUGGGGCUUUUUAUUUGGUUGGGAUUUGGGGUUUUUUUUUAAGAAUUAAAUGAGCAAGUGCCUAUGCAUAAACAUAUUUUUGUAGCUGUGUAUUGUGGUAAAAUGUGCUAACUUCUGCAGAUUAUAGAGAUAUUUUUCUGGGCCAUCAGCAUGCAACUGAAAUCUAUUCUGUCCUCCUAGGUUAAUUGGGCUCAGCUGCUAAAUGAAUCUAAUCAGCAACAGUAUUAAAAUUUAGAAACCAUUCAGCUUAUUGUUGAGUCCUCUAAAUAAACCACAUCAAUCUCAACAUCUCAAAAAAUUGCUUCAAACUCUGAAGAGUUAUAUAUGACUUAAAUUUUGAAUUGCAUCUUGAUUUUCAUCCACACAGGUCUAGAAGACUUUUAGAAAGAAAAGUGGAACAGUUUACAUAGUCACAGCUCUUCAAGAUCUGCCACUUUAAGAACUUCAAAUAAUAAGCCACAUGAAAAAGUUGAGAGCAAUAAGUUGCAGCAUUCUUUUGUUCUUGAAAGAUUUUAGUGAAGUCGUUAACUCACAGUAUGAUUAACCAGUCUGAUGUCUUCAUGCAUGUACACGUGGAAGAUUAUAAAAUACAGCAUCCCAAUGAGGACAGUUUAAAGGACUUAACCAUUUAUGGAACUUGAUAUGUAUGUUACUGAAGGAGUUCCUGAAUGCAUCUGCAUUUAAACCCAGAGAAAUCUUUAUAGUAUUUUUAAUCUGAUUGCUGAUCUUCCAUGAAAAUGAUAUAUUUUGAAUAACAUGAUGGUAUGUGGUGUUGGAAAAGACUAAGUUCAACUGGAACCAGUUGUACGAUACUUGCUUGUAAAUUCCUGACAUCUGUCUUCUAUUAUGCAGUUACGUUUUUAAACAUUUACCAUUUUAAUAAUAAGAAUUUGGCCACGUACUGUUGAGAAAAGUUGGAAAAUAAAACUGAGAGUGAAAAAUCUGCAUAUUUAGCAGAUGUAUAUAUAUUUUCUCAGAUACUUAAUAUGUAAAGCAUUGUUUGCUUCAAACCAUGUAGAGAAUGCUUAUACAAAAGGUAAUGUUAGGUAUAAACCACCCAAAUAUCUAGUAGCCCUUCCAAACGAACAGGCAAGAGAGAACUAGAUUGUUCUAGCAAGACUGUCAGAUAACUUUAAAUGGGCAAGUAAAGCGUAUCAUGAAAACAGUGGCAUGGUAUCUUUGUGAAGGAGAAAAACAAAUUUGUUACAAUUUUUCCUAUAGGAAGUAAUUCAUUUUCUGACUAAACACUGUAAGAGACUGCAUAACUAUGAAGAAUAAUCUCUAUCAUGUUAUUAGGGAGAUUUCCUAGAGAUAUGUUAAAUUGCAAUUUUUUUCUGAAGUCACUCCAGAAGAACAAGUUAAUUGAAUGCAUUUUGAGUUAUUUGAACGUAACUGCAUGUAAUUCAGUUUUUUGUUUGUUUCUGAGUCUUUUAAAAGUCUUUUUUUUUCCAUCCAGUUAUUGGUAGUUCUUAUUCUGUGCCAUCUCUGUUAUUGUACUUACGAAGACAUUUUACCUCAAGUUUUCAUUGCCUUACCAAAAAGCGGUAACUUAAAGUUAAUUCGUGGUAUCCAUACUAGAAACACCAUUUCCCCUCAUCUCAAGAGACCAUAUUUCCUUCAAUGAUCAUUUCAGAUUGUUUAUAUAACGUUUGUUUUUAAGGAAAUCACAUGCCACACGUUUGCUAUCUUCAUUACUUGAGUUUAAUGGAAAACUGUUGUUGUUAUUAGCUUAUGGUCAGGGAGCAUUCAGUCACUUGGAGCUUCCUUAGGUGCAGCCAGUAUCUCAGUUUGCCUUCUGCAGUUUGGGAAAGAAACUUUGGUUUACCUACGGUUCAGUUUUUCUUGCAACAGAAUGGAUGAGUAAACCUGGGGCGUGGGGGGAAACCAGAUCACAUCAUAGCACACACUGAGUUCUAUGUAUUGGGUGAUGUAUUUCAAACAAGAAAAUUUUUACAACAAGACCACAUCCACUCCUCUUCUCCUGGAAAUGAGGAGAGAGAGAACCCUGGGAAACAGGUGUUAAAUCAUGUUCUGUGGUGCUUUACUGCCAGAAGGCAUUAGAAACUGAAGGUCAGGGUAAAGAAUCUUCAAUAACACUUGGUAUUCUGAAAAAAAUAAAAAAUUUCAAAGCUUUUCUGCAGGCAUUAAGCAUUGUUAUUUAUGUACUGGCAUGUAGAAAGCAGUUAUUUUUUUAUGCUGUAGGAUAUACUAAUAUUCCACCAAAGACUGUGGCCAUAGGCUGUCACAGUAGAGUUCUGUUAGAGACUGUUUAGAAAUUUUUGAGUAGAGGAAAUUUUAUACCUGAUUGCUCUCUUUUUGUUUUCAUUAGUGUUUGGGUUUUGAGGCUUGUGACCUUAUUUUGUCUAGUUGCAUCCUGUAUUUUUUGAUGUAUGUUUAAUCUGCCUCUAAUAAAAAAAAUUGGUAAGUAUGUUUUAUGAUUGCUUGAAUGAUUUUUUGCUUUUAAUAAAACCUUUACUCCAGUUUUGAAGUAGCUCAGAAGGACAGUUCUUAGAUAAAGCCCGGCAUGUUUUCCCUUUGAACGUUACAUUUUUAUGCAUAAUUAUGCCUCUUUAAUUUUUCCCCAUUAAUUCAGUGCUAAAAGGGAAAGUAUGUUAACUGGUAUUUAAUAUCCUUUAAGUUUUGGAUCGCUGUUCUGGCUCUAAGACACUUAAUUAAAAUUUUGUAUUCAGUCAUUUCAUUAACCCAAAGUAACCAUGUUAAGUUGAUGUUUCCUGUAUUGAAGCAGAUUUAAAAACAAAAAAAAUGGGGAAAAUCCUUGGCUGUGAAACACUUCAUUUUGAGGGAGAUUAGUGUAGUUGUUAUGCCUGCAAGGUGCUAUAAAGCUAAUGUGUUUAUUUAUGUAAAAAUGUGCUGGUUUUGUUGAGGUUUUCUUACUGUUUAAACCAUUAUUUCAGAGAGGCUGAGGUUUUUGUGACAACCACAAGGAUAACUGUGAUGUUACAUGUAUAUCUGCAUUUAAAUUUGGGCAAAUUUUACUUCAUAUUAAGAAAACUAAAUGCUCAAAUUAUAUGUGUAUAUAUACAUAUGUGUGUAUAUAUAUAUCUUAUAUAUAUAUCAGACAAUUUAAAAUAAGGUUAAUUCCAUGAUCAAAAAGUGUCAGGCUGUCAGCAACCAAUUCUCUGUUCUUUAAGCAUUUUUUAAGU